AUCGAAGUGAAAUAUUGUAGUAGUGUGGCUUGUGUCUAAAGAAGAAGCAGCCAUGCUGAUGCGGUCUUUAAUCGUUUUACUGACCUUGACAUCGGUAUCGGGCUUGAGUUUCUUUUGUACACAGUUUCGACCGCUGAAAGUUCGGAUAAACGAAACGGCUAUCCGUGGAUCGGUGAUCAAGACUAUUCUUGAACCUGAUGACAAAGUAUCUUCAGUGCAGCUACUAGCGGGUGAUUUAUCCUAUCUAAACAUAAAUGUACAGAGGAGACAAUUACGGUUAUUAAAACCAGUUCGAGAUAAACGGGGGCAAAUUCUGAUUGUUACGGGCACUUGUUCAGACUACCUCGAACCGUAUCGGUAUAUGUUAAAUUUAUCAGUUAGUAUCGAGGUAGAGAUUUUGGACGUCAAUGAUCCACCACAAUUUAUUAACUUACCAACGUCUACCAGCGUAUCAGAGAGUACUCAGAACGGAAGUUGGGUUUUUGAUAUCCAAGCGGAUAAUCCAGAUGAUGUAUAUAAUGACUUCACCAGAGUUUAUUAUUCUAUACUGAGUUCCGGUUCAAUUGACAAGCCUCAGGAGUCUGUAGAUAACUGGUUUAUAGUGGAUGAUAACGGUAGAGUUCAUUUAAAUACAAAAUUAGAUUUUGAAGAAGGACCAAGAAAAAUAAAACUUGUAGUAAAAGUCCAGGAUUUUGGGAUUCCGGUGAAAAGAAAUAUAUCGACCUUAACGAUACUGGUAAAAGAUGUUGAUGAUAUGGGACCUCGUUUUGAUCAACAGUUUGUGUCCUUUACUAUCAUUGGUGAAAAGCCCGUACAGCAAGAGGAAUGUUUACCUACUACACCACCUUUAUAUGCUGAAGAUCAAGAUGCAGAAAUCAAGUCACCAAUAGGCUAUAGAUUAAAUCAAGUACAGGAAACUAAUAGUUCCAUAAACUGGUCCAAAUAUUUCCAUAUUAAUCCUAUCACUGGUCAGCUGUGUCAAAGACAUACAGUCCAGGGUAUCCAGACAAAGAGAGGUGAUAUCACAGUACAAGAAGUAAUGGAUGCGUUUAAUUUAACCGUCGAGGCCUUUCAAUUAGAUGAUCCAGACAAAACAGCAAGGGCAGUGAUUAUGGUGAAGAUAAGUAAUGAGAACCUGUAUAAACCGACCUUUCUACAGAUUAACUAUACUGUUGAUUUACCAGAAUACCCCGUAAUAGGACCAGGCACCCUGGUAACAACUGUCGUAGCUGAAGACAGAGAUUAUGGGAGAAAUGGUGAAUUCUUGUUGAGUCUGUCGGUGAAUCCAUUCAAUGCAUUUUCUAUAAACCCUACAACUGGUGAAAUACGAGUAGAAAAACCUGAAUUAAUUGAUAGAGAACAAAAUUCAACUCUUAUAUUAAAGGUAAAGGCAGAGGAAACUAAGAGUGUCGAGGGUCAUGUUAGUUCACCCGAGGCCCAGGUGCAGAUAACUCUACUAGACGUUAAUGACAAUUCACCCAUUUUCAACAAAAGUUUGUUUAAUUUUACCGUAAAAGAUAAUCACCAAAUUGGAACUGCUAUACAUAAGUUUGAAGAUCGAUUAGUAGCCGAGGAUGCUGACGAGGGUAAAAACGGAUUGGUCAGAUUAGCCAUUGUCAGUGUGCAGAACAUGAGAGGAACUUUCUCCCUGAAUGAUUAUCAACGUUUCCGUAUAAACGACGAGGGUGUGAUCAUUCUCCAGAGCAGCCUGCGAGCGUUACGGAGGGAGGAAAAUCAUCCCGAGUACAUAGUUGUUGUUCAAGCAAGGGAUUCGGAUGAAAAUGAAAAGCAACAAAGGAGUACAACUACACGUGUGUUUAUUAAAGUAUUAGAAGCUAAUGAUUACCCCCCAGUAUUUGAAAAGGAAGAUUAUAAAGUAUAUAUUAGUGAAGCUGCUCCAGUGGGUACACUCAUCACAGAAAUAAAGGUAACUGAUGAAGAUGGUGAUGAAGAUUUGUUUGUAAAAUAUGAAAUAACAUCAGGAAAUAUUGGUGACGAUUUUAGAAUUUCGGAAAGAGGUUUCCUGUUUAUAGAAAGACCAUUAGAUCGGGAGAAGGUUUCGUUUUAUCAUUUAACAGUUUCAGCUUCUGAUGGCUUACAUGUGCGAGAAACCAUGGUAACAGUGAAUAUACGAGAUACGAACGACAACUCUCCAGUAUUUAGUCAGACAAUAUUUGAUUUCUAUAUACCAGAGAAUGUUACAAGCAGAUUGGAUAUUGGUUCAGUAACAGCUACAGAUGCAGAUGAAGGACCAAACAGUAAACUUGUCUAUAGGCUGUCAGGAACUAAUUCCCAUAUCUUUAAUAUUACAAAGGACGGUUUACUAGUACUAAAUGGUCCAAGUCCUGUAGUUGACAGAGAAAAAACGGAAGUUAUAAUUCUUCAAGUUAUAGCCGAAGAUCUGGGCCAACCACCACAAAAGGAAGAUGCAAUGAUCAGAAUUUAUCUACAGGAUAUAAACGAUGAACCACCUGUUUUUACACAUAGUGUUUAUAGGGUCAAAAUGAUGGAGCCAAUCGCAUCAGAUGUUGCUAAAAACCAAACAAUUGAUAUGGAUGUUAGUUUAACUGUCACUGAUAAUGACGUCGACGCAGAACAUCGUGACGUAGUGUACAGUUUACAUGAUGGGGGUCUCGGUUUGUUUUAUAUAGACGAAACUACUGGAAGUUUAUUUGUGACCGACACAAGUUUAAUUGAUUGUGAAGCCAAUGACACCUAUACAUUCAAGAUUUCAGCCUUUGAUGGUAAUUUUACAACAUUUACAACACUAAUACUGGAUAUUGAAGAUCGAAAUGAUAACUCACCUCGAUUUACCAGUAAUAUGUCCUUCGUUAGUUCUCCGUCUAGUCGCAUUGGCAGUUUGGUUGGUCAGCUAACUUCUGAAGAUAAAGACGUCACAGAGCAGAACAGCCACGUGGUAUAUCUGUUAUUGGGAGGUAGUCUGGAUAAAUUCUCCGUAAACUCAAAAACAGGCGAGAUUCGGGUUAUUGAUGAUCUGACACAAGAGCCUUUCCGGCGCCAUUAUUCUCUGAAGGUGAAGGUCGUUGAUUUUGGACAGCCACAGUUAUCUGAUGAAGCAGUUGUCGAAGUGUAUGUUCCAAUCAACCAGCCACCAGUCGUUCCACAACAGUAUGUGUUUAGAAUCAACGAAAGCUUCCCAACAGCUGCCGUGAUUGGUAAACUAACCUCCACAGAUCCGGAUCAUGGCGUUGUUGUUUACAGGAUAUCCGGAAGUGAUGACACACUGCCUUUUUAUGUGACAAAUGAUGGCUCACUCCACCUCGCUGCUCGACUGGACACAGAAAAGCGUGAUGUAUACAAUUUUCCGGUAGACGUCAUAAAUUAUGGCGAGCCUAAUGUUACGAUUCACUCAUACGUCACUGUUUAUGUUGAGGACGUAAAUGAUGAAGUUCCUUUAUUUUCUACGUGGUUCUAUACGGCAGUAGUACCAGAAACAAAUGAUACAGAUUCAUUUGAUGAUUAUUUAUCAAUAUCCCCACCCCUCGGGGUAACUGAUUUAGAUGCACGCGAAGACGAGCAAGUGGUUUAUAGUCUCGGUGGCAGUGGAGCAGAAGAUUUUAUAAUAGACCCGUUAACCGGGACUAUAGUCGUCAACCAAUCUUCCAGUAUUGAUUGUGAAAGAAAAUGUGAAUACAACUUAAAGCUGAGAGCUAGAGAUGAAAAUGGAGAAGGUUUGGAAGGAUUUGCUAAUCUGAAUAUUAAAGUAACAGAUAUAAACGAUAAUCCGCCAAUUAUUACUGAUAAUACGAUCUUAUUUUACAUCGAGCCUUCAUCGCCAAUAGGCUCACGUGUGGGUCAAAUUGAGGCUAAAGAUGGCGAUUAUAGUGACGUCAACAACAGAAUAACCUUCACCCUUACAGACGGUGGCCUCGGAAAGUUCUUUAUACAUCCUAGCUCAGGUGUUUUGGCAUUAUCUAACAGUCUGCUCCAGGAUCCGGUACAAGAACUGUAUGAAAUGACCGUCACGGUUAUAGACUCGGGGACACCUCCUUUAUCUUCUGUUACCACAGUUAUAGUCCAUGUUCCCAUCAACACCCCUAUUCAAAUAAAUUCAAGUCUACAUUUAUUAGUAGCUGAAAACAAAACCGUUGGUUCAGUGUUAUGGACGCUACAGGAAGAAAAAUUGAAAGUAGAAAAUAUAUCAUAUCUGUUGGAAUAUGAUUCAGAAACUUUCUUAAUUGAGGAAUAUAUUGGUGAUAUUUUACUGAAACGAGAAUUAGAUGCAGAAACGGAUGAUAAAUAUUCACUGACAAUUCUCGUCAUUGACCAUGGUGAACCAACUUACACCUUUACAACCACGGUUAAUAUAGAUGUACUGGAUGUCAACGACAACUAUCCUACGUAUUCAACACUAUCAUACCAGGCGCAAAUAUCAGAAAAUAACGAUCCAAUGGCAAAAACAAUCAUUCAUUUGAGUAUUGUCGGUAGGUUCCGCCAUUAGAUGUCACAGAUCUGGAUAUCACAAGUCACAAGACGAAUAUAACAUACCGUCUCCUUGGUGACGAGUCUGAUAUGUUUCAAAUGGAUUUGAACUCUGGAAAAAUAACAGUACAGCAAGGGCGACAACUCG